AUGGCAUUAUUAGAAUAAAAAGCAAACUUGCCACUUCAAUAGUAAGCAAAAGAGUCAAGUCCUGAUUCUAGCAUUUCUAUGAAUUCUCAUUUAAUUGAGGGUUAUCUUAUAAAGCUUAAAAGUCAAGCUUCUCGGAAAUUCUUCUCGAACUAUGUAAAACGCUAUUUUAUCCUGGAUCUGCAAAAACAAACUUUUUCCUAUAAGCUUUCUGACAAGCUUUAACAGGAUAAAUUCGUCAUUAAUCUUAAAGACAUCAUAAAGGUCCAUAAUCAUUCAACAAUUGGCUAAAAUGAUGAUGAUAAGGUCGAUAAAAAUUUGCUACUUGAGUGGUAAUUUGAUUUUAUGAUUGAGUUUAUUGAACAGCAGCCCCAACUUGAUGAGAGUUAACAUUAAGAUCAAGAAAAUAGUGAAUAGAGCAAUCUAAUUUCAAACAGGCAAUCCCCUAUCAUUUAAUCAGAUGAUAAAAUUGAACCAAUAAAAAUAAGAAAAAUGAUACUUCUUUCUAAUAAUGAAGAAUUAUAUCUUAAGUUUGUAUAUGGAUUGAAUUCGAAGAUUACACCUCCAAAUAACAACACUAAUAUUGGAAAUAAUAACGAAGUUAGAUCUGAUCCAGGCUAGUCUACAAAUAGAAAAAUAGUUCUUGGGCCUUAAAAUAAAGACUAAUUGUUUUCUACGAGAUAAUCAAUUAUUGAUGAGUUAGAUUUUAAGGGAAAUCCAUUGAAUCAUAGCAAUUAAUUUCGAAUAAAAGCACCACCAUAAAUGUUGAGUGAGGGAUUAGAUGUAAAAAGGAAAUAUAUGGGUAAUUCCUCACCAGUUAAUAAACCGAUUGAUAAUAAUAGAAUUUAGACGAGAAUGACUCCAGAUCAAUAGUAUAGAGAACAAAUUUACUAAAUUAAAUAGAUUAUUCUUGUUAACCAGUAAAAUCCCCACAUUUAAACUCUAAAUCAAAAUAGAAGACUUAAUAAAAAUAGCCAUAACAAUGCAAAUGCUCCCCAAGUAUACAAAGAACUAAUGUUCAUGGUAAAAAGCUAAGCUGAUUAGGAACUAGAAGAACAAGCUAUCAGGAUUUAUCAAACUAUCAUUCAAUAAGAUGAAGUUAUUAGAGAUGGAUUUUUUAGUUCUUGUGACUAAAGCUUAAAUUAUUAAUUUGGACUGAAUGAAGAACAUAAACUCAUUUUACUAGAACGUGAUAGUGACUGUGAGUGGACUCUAGAUAUUGAGGAAAAAGGCGAUUCUAAUAAAAAUGAUAAUGGAGAUAAUCUGAACAUUUUAGAUGGAGAUUUUUCUUUUGAGUGUUUUGACCAAGGAAAAAAUUGUGUCAGCUCAGCCCAUGUAAAUACCUUAAAAGUUAAGACUAAUUGA